UUGCCCGUUCUCCAGUUGCGCUUCCUCUGUCAAAACCUACAUUACUUCCAAGUGACGCCCCCGGAGAGAACAAGUCCCCGAUCUUUCUAAUCCGGCCCAGCCCUUCCACAUCGCUCAGAUCCUGGCGUCCACCGUCCUCACCCUCGGCGAUCCGGGACCUUGCGUCGAAAGCGCCGACGCGGAUGCUCAGGCCGCCAUUCCCAGCGCGCAGUCGCGGCGGCCCGGGCCCCCACCCCCGCCGGGAGUCCGACGUGGAAGUUGCUGGCUGACCUGGCUUGAGAGGAGACCGCCUUGGAGCCGCGGCUGGAGGCUAAAGCUAGCGGAGGUGGCGGCGCCGAGGCUGGAAUAGCAGUCGUUGCCGAGUCGAGGCCUGCCUCCGCGGACCGGCGAGGGCCGACUGGCGGGUCAUCAUGGGUGGCUUUUUCUCAAGUAUUUUUUCCAGUCUCUUUGGAACCCGGGAAAUGAGGAUUUUAAUUUUGGGAUUAGAUGGUGCAGGAAAAACCACAAUUCUGUACAGAUUACAAGUUGGAGAAGUUGUUACUACUAUUCCUACUAUUGGAUUUAAUGUAGAGACGGUGACAUACAAAAACCUUAAAUUCCAAGUUUGGGAUUUAGGAGGACAGACAAGUAUCAGGCCAUACUGGAGAUGUUAUUAUUCAAACACCGAUGCAGUCAUUUAUGUAGUAGACAGUUGUGACCGAGACCGAAUUGGCAUUUCUAAAUCAGAGUUAGUUGCCAUGUUGGAGGAAGAAGAGCUGAGAAAAGCCAUUUUAGUGGUAUUUGCAAAUAAACAAGACAUGGAGCAGGCUAUGACUCCCUCAGAGAUGGCAAACUCACUUGGAUUACCUGCCUUGAAGGACCGAAAAUGGCAGAUAUUCAAAACAUCAGCAACCAAAGGCACUGGCCUUGAUGAGGCAAUGGAAUGGUUAGUUGAAACAUUAAAAAGCAGACAGUAAUUAAAUCACUUCAGCUCCUCUGAAAUGAAGGCUGCAUCACAUUCUCUUUGGAAACAGGCAGGUGUGCUUCAUAUCACUAAAUGUUGAAACCACACGAUUGUUGGCAUAUUACUGAACUGACUACAAAGUUCAUAAUAAAUACAAAAAAUGAAGUAUUUGGUUAGAGGGGUAACUUGAUGAAUCAUCUGGGUAUUCUAUGUAAUGUAAAAACAUUCUUUCCUUGCUUUCUUGUGUUAAGGUAUAUAUUCUAUUUGUAUGGAAUUCUUAUUCAAAUACAGUUCUAUUAAAGAAUGUACUCUUCUUGGGGGGAAGCCCGCCUAUUUUUGAAUUAGUGGUUGCAUCUUGUUUGUGUCAUUAACACAUAUAUUAACUCAAGAUUUUUUUCUUCUUUAAAAUGAAUUAAGUCUUUCCAAAGAUUAGACUCCAGAGAGUAGGCUAGAAGCACAGUAUAUAUAAUUUUUAUUUGCUUAGCUGACCACUUUAUAUUAAACUGUUUCACUUAAAAGUUUUUGAUUAUAGGCAUGAAUAUUUUGUUGACUAACUUCAUUGACUAUCUAUAAUUGUAACUUUAUAGUACUUUAUUAAGAGCUUUAUAAUACUGAUCUAAUCRGUUUAUAAGGAAACCCUGUGAGGUAGAUGGGACAGACUGUAAUGUAACUUCAUGAAUGUGUACYUGCAGUGCUGAUACAUUGGCUUGCCCAAGGCCACAUACUAGUGAGGUAGGUAGGAAUAGGGCUCAAAGUAAAACUUCUGGGUCAGAAGUUUGUUUCAUAAAUUGUGCUAUAUAUUCCUAAAAAUUGAACAUUGACAACACAGAUAACCUAACUCUUAAGAUUAUGAUAAUUAGUUGCAGAACAUUUAAAAUAAUGUCAUAACUUUGUCUAUACUUGUAAAACUGAUCAGUGACAGUAAAAACAAUCCUAAAUGGGCAUAUUUGAUGAUAUUUAUAGCACAAUAAAGAGAAAAAUUCACAUUAAAGGAAAUUUUUAAAGCAGCAUUAUAAAAGAUGUCUUUAGUAUCUUGCAUUAUCUACCUGUAAAUGUAGUGUAAAUUGGUUAAAAGUAAAAAUCUUAUUUUAUUGGUUAUUUUAUUUUAUUGGUUCUAAAGGAAGAAAUUACACAUUCUUGGUUUUACAAAUUAGGUUUACUGCUAAGCUGUGGUUGUUGUAAAAAGCCUGUUCAAAGCAACUUUUCAAACUACUCAGUCCAUGACAGGAUAAACUAGUGUGAACAGUGGUAGAUAUAGCUCUUUCAUAGCAAUUAUUAAAAUGAGGAGAGUUUUUUUUCUCAAGUUAAACAACCAGCAUUUUAAAAAUUAGUGCUGGUAUAAAGAGCUUAAGCUGGGUGCAGUGGCACAUGCCUGUAAUUCCAGCUA